AUGGUAUCGCGAGCCAGGAUCGAGUAUCUUGAGCUGCGAACUCCAAUUUUCAAUGGAGAAAAUUAUGAGUUCUGGAGUAUCAGAAUGAAAACUAUUCUGAAAUCUCAUGGUUUAUGGGAUCUGGUCGAGAAUGGGUUAAGUGACCUAGAUCUGAAGAAGGAGAAAGAGGAGGCUGUAGACACUGAGAAGUCUAUGGUGGUUCAGACUCUGAUGAAGGAUGCUCGUGCACUUGGAUUGAUCCAAAGUGCUGUUUCAGAUCAGCUAUUUCCAAGGAUUGUGAAUGAGGAAACUUCGAAGGGAGCUUGGGAUAUUCUGAAGCUGGAAUUCAGAGGAGAUAAACAGGUACGAAAUGUCAAAUUGCAAGGGCUGCGUAGGGAAUUUGAAUAUACCCGCAUGAAGGAUAGUGAAUCUUUAUCUGUAUAUCUGGUUAGGUUGUUUGAUAUAGUAAAUCAUAUGAAGAGUUAUGGUGAGGAACUAUCUAGAGAGAGAAUUGUCCAGAAGCUAUUGUUUAGUUUGCCUAAAUCUUAUGAUUCUAUCUGCUCUGUAAUUGAACACUCUAAGGACCUUGAAACUCUUGAGGUUCAAGAGAUCAAAUACCUCAAAAAAAUUGGAAAUCCAAUGAUGGAAACAAAAUGGCCUGCAAACAUUGUGACAGAUUUCAUUAUGGCAAAUGUUGAGAGUGAAUUAUGCAAAUCAGGAGGAAGAUUGUGGCACUUUGUUUUAUGGUGUAAUGCUGCAACUGAUGUGAAGGUAAAUCACUCUUGGUAUAUUGACAGUGGUUGUAGUAACCACAUGACAGGAGAUGAGGGACUUUUGGUCAAUAUUCAAAGGAAUUUGAGCUCUAAGGUGAAGAUGGGAACUGGAGAAGUGGUCCCAGUUGCUGGAAAAGGGACUUUGGUGAUAAAAACUAAGUUAGGCAAGAGGCACAUUCAUGAAGUAAUGCUUGUACCUGGCCUUGAAGAAAAUCUGCUUAGUGUUGGGCAAAUGAUGGAACAUGGCUAUCACCUUGUGUUUGGAGGAAAUGUGGUGAGUGUUUAUGACAAUCAGUCACUAGAAAAUCUGAUUGUGAAGGUGCAGAUGACAAAUAACAGAUGCUUUCCAUUGACAAUGAUGCCUGCGAGUGAGUUGGUCCUAAAAGCAAGUGUCACACAUUGCUUGCAGACAUGGCAUAAGAGGCUGGGGCAUUUAAAUGAAAGAAGUAUAAAAUUGCUUGAGAAUCAAGGGAUGGUUCAUGGCUUACCUCACUUGGAGCAGAAGUCAGUUGUAUGUAAUGGUUGUAUGCUUGGAAAACAACAUAGGGAUUCUUUCCCUUUGGAAUCCACUUGGAGAGCUUCAAACCCUUUGGAAUUGGUUCACACAGACAUCUGUGGACCAAUGAAAACAGAAUCACUAUCUGGAAACAGGUACUUUCUACUGUUUACAGAUGAUUUUACUAGAAUGUCAUGGGUGUACUUCAUCAGAAAUAAGUCAAGUGCAUUGGAAUGUUUUAGAAAAUUCAAAGCUAUGACUGAGCUGCAAAGUGGGUAUAAGAUAAAAGGCUUGAGAAGUGACAGGGGUGGAGAGUUUCUAUCUGGAGAAUUCAACAAGUUUUGUGAGGAAUCUGGUAUUCAAAGGCAGCUAACUAUGGCAUAUUCUCCACAGCAAAAUGGAGUGGCCGAGAGGAAGAACAGGACAGUAGUGGAAAUGGCCAAGUCCAUGUUGCAUGAGAAAGGUGUUCCCUAUGAGUUUUGGGCAGAAGCUGUAAAUACAGCAGUCUAUUUGCUGAAUAGAUGUCCUACCAAGGCUCUUAACAAGAUAACACCAUUUGAAGCUUAUACUGGCAGAAAACCAGGAAUUGCACAUUUAAAAAUAUUUGGAUCUCCUUGUCAUGUGCUUAUUCCUUCAGCAUUGAGGCAUAAGCUUGAAGAAAACAGUCACAAGUGUAUUUUUGUAGGCUAUGGUCUCUGUGAAAAGGGAUAUAGGCUGUUUGAUCCAAGUACUAGGAAGAUAAUUCUAUCCAGAGAUGUGCAAUUUGAUGAAAAUGGCUUAUGGAAAUGGGAAAAUACAAAUGAAGAAGAAAUGGUAGUCCUUUUGCCUACUGAGAAUCAAAGCUGUGAAUCAAGUCAAAGCUUGGAUACAUCACUGCAAAUGGAUGAAGAAGUCACAUUACAAGCUGAACCAAGUCAAAGCUUGGAUACACAAACUCAAAUAGUUGAAGAUACCACUCUGCAAGAUGAAGGCAUAGGUGAAAGUUCUCAUUUCUUUGAUCACACACCAAAGAAAUGGAGAAGUGUAAGUGAAAUCAUGGCUAAGUGUAAUGUGUGUAUUGUGGAACCUGAAAAUUAUGAAGAUGCAGCUCAAGAUGAGUCAUGGAGAAAGGCAAUGGAAGCUGAACUGGAAAUGAUAGAAAAAAAUGACACUUGGAAACUUGUCGAGAGACCAUUUGCUAAACCUGUGAUUGGUGUUAAGUGGGUCUACAAGACUAAACUGAAUCUAGAUGGUACUGUGCAGAAAAACAAGGCUCGUUUAGUGGCUAAAGGCUACUCACAAAAGCCCGGUAUUGAUUACAAUGAGACUUUUGCCCCUGUGGCAAGGCUAGACACCAUUAGGACUUUGAUUGCUCUUGCUGCACAUAAGGAAUGGAGCUUGUAUCAACUAGAUGUGAAAUCUGCAUUUCUUAAUGGAGUUUUAAAGGAGGAAGUAUAUGUGGAGCAACCACAAGGAUUUGUAAAGAAGGAUGAGGAAACAAAGGUAUACAAGUUACACAAAGCUUUGUAUGGUUUGAAGCAAGCACCAAGAGCUUGGUAUGACGAGAUUGAUGCCUAUUUCAACAAGGCUGGUUUCAAGAAAAGUCCAAGUGAGGCAACUUUAUAUGUUAAGGCAGAAGGUUCAGAUGUUCUUAUUGUUUCUCUAUAUGUUGAUGACAUAGUGUACACGGGUAGCAGCUCUCAAAUGAUUGAAGAAUUUAGGAGAGAUAUGAUGGAACACUAUGAGAUGACAGAUUUGGGAGUAUUACACCAUUUUCUUGGAAUGGGGGUGAUACAGUCUAAACAAAGCAUUUUCUUGCAUCAGAAGAAGUAUGGACAGAAGCUGGUUGAAAAAUUUGGUUUGAAAGAUUGCAAAUUAGUGGCUACACCACUUGCAAUGAAUGAGAAGUUAAGUAAGAAUGAUGGAAGUGAGGCUGCAGAUGAAGGAGAAUAUAGACAGAUUGUGGGCAGUUUGCUCUACUUGACUGCAACUAGGCCUGACAUAAUGUUUGCAGCUAGCCUCUUGGCAAGAUUCAUGCACAAUCCCACCAAGAAACACAUGGGAACUGCUAAAAGGGUAUUGAGAUACAUUCAAGGAACAAUAGACUUUGGAAUUGUAUUUGAGAAAGGAAAAGAAACUACUCUUAUUGGCUAUUGUGAUAGUGACUGGGCAGGAAGUGAAGAUGACAUGAGGAGUACCUCAGGGUAUGUUUUUACUAUGGGAUCGGGAGUGUUUUCGUGGGCUUCAAUUAAGCAAAAUACAGUUGCUUUGUCUACAGCAAAGACAGAAUAUAUAAGUGCUGCAGAAGCUACUUCUCAAGCAAAGUGGCUGAGAUUUGUACUUGAAGAUUUUGGAGAAGAACAGAUUGAAGGAACACAGAUAAUGUGUGAUAACACAUCAGCAAUUGCUAUGGCAAAGAACCCUGUUUUCCACCAGAAGUCAAGGCAUAUUAACAGAAAGUUUCAUUUCAUUCGAGAAGCAAUUCAAGCCAAGGAGAUAGAACUUGUCUACUGCAGAACUGAGGAGCAAAUUGCAGAUAUUCUGACAAAAGCUUUGCCUAAGGACAGGUUUGCAUACUUAAGGGAAUUACUUGGUGUUAAGUCGGCUAAAGGAUUAGAAGGGAAUGUUGGUGUGUAA